CACGCCGUCGCCUGAAAAACAUCGACGACCUUCUCGGGAAACGACCGGUCUCGUCACGGAAGCGUUCUUCCUCCGACUCAACAACGAGAUCCUCCACGUCCCGGUCCCGGUCAACGGACGGCUCCCGCUCCCGACGCCGUCGCAGCAACGAUCACAAAGGCCACAGACGCCGACACCGGUCAGCCCGUCGACGGUACAGCUCGGACUCAAGGUCUUCAUCUUCUCCACGCCGCCGCCGCCGAGGUAAGAAAAGCGGUCGCACCAAGACCAUUAACGAUUCCGCGUCUAGUCGGGUAAAAAUCGAGUGGCCCCACCACCAUGUCCACUUCCCUGGCAAGGGCAAGGGGGGCGAUGGGUGUGUGACGUAUGACGAUCUAUCAACAUCCAUGUUUGUGCACGGCUUCGUCAAAAAUCUCUUGGAGAAAAAACACGUCAAGCGGUCUGUCCGGAUCAGACUCGAACACUUAUCGGAUCUAAUGUUUGAUGCCGCUUAUUACGAUUGGGGCAUUGUGAGGGAGACACAUGCUUCUGUGUUGUAUGCUAUGGAGAAUGGCACGAUCUCCUGGUCUAGUUCUAAGGAGACUAUAGACAAUACCAGGGAGCGGUCCUACCGCGCCCAGGCGGGUGUAUCCCACCCUCCCGCCGCGCCACGGGCUCAAGCGCGCUCGACUGCUAGGGACCCCAACAGGCCACGCUGGUGCGAGGCGUACCAGCACGGGAACUGUCAGCAGGGGCCGGAACACUGGGACCCGCGCUGGGGACAGGUUAAGCAUAUCUGUUGCAUGUGUCUUUUAGUCCGACGCGUGGAAGAGGAACAUCCCAAGACUGAGUGCCGACAUGGCCCGAGAUCCUUUCGUCAGCCCCCUGGUGACAACACAAGGCGAGCCGCCGGUUUCUCUUCACAGCCGGGUGCCACUGGCACCGGGGGAGGACAUUAUUGAACUCUAUACCGCUGUGGCCCAGACCGGUGUUCCUAAUUAUAUCGGCGCGCGAAUUCCGGUCAAGACGUCACUCAAUAUCCCGGUCUGGCGGGCUUUGUUAGCUAAUUACUCCAACACUUCACUACCCGACUUUCUCGAAUUCGGCUGGCCGAUCAACAUUCAUCCUGAAAAUUACAAUUUCCCACAAAAUGUGCAUCAUUCUAAUCACCGAUCGGCUUUGGAUUACCAAGCAGACGUGGACUUGUUUAUCGACAAAGAACUCCGCUACGGCGCCAUGUGUGGCCCAUUUCGUGCGAACCCAUUCCCGUUUCCAGUCUUCCCGGCACCCCUGCAGACGGUAGCAAAACGUGACAGUGACACGCGUCGCGUCGUUGUGGAUUUGAGUUACCCGUCUGGGCAGUCUGUGAAUGACGCCAUUCCCAAGAACACUUUUUUGGGCGAACCAAUUAGUUUAGUGUAUCCAUCCGUAGAUACAAUGACUGAGAUGAUCUUAGACAAGGGCCGAGGCUGUUUGUUGUUUAAGACUGACCUGCGCAGGGCAUAUAGACAACUCCCUGUGGAUCCCGCGGAUUAUCGGUAUUUAUGUUAUUGUUGGCGAGACAAUUGGUAUAUUGACACCCGUGUUUGUUUUGGUCUGCGGUCUGCGUCAGUCAUGUGCCAAUCAACCACGUCCGCGAUCACUUUUAUUGAGCGUGAAAAAGGUUAUUCGGUGACAAAUUAUAUCGACGACUUUGGUGGCGCCGAGAUCGCACCUCUGGCUCCCGCGGCGUUUGCCAGCUUACAAAGAACAAUAAACGUAUUAGGACUCGAGGAGGCGCCUGAGAAGGCUAUCCCACCCUCAACUUGCAUGACGUGGCUCGGGAUAGAAUUUGACACCGUUGAGAUGGUCCGCCGGGUUCCGUCUUUUCGUCUUGAAGAAAUCUCCAACUUGGUAGCGCAGUGGCUAAUGAAGAGGAAGGCAACCAAACGUGAAUUACAGUCCCUCGUCGGCAAGCUUGUCUUCGUUUCUGCGUGUGUCCCCCCCGGCCGGCUGUUUGUCUCACGUCUGUUAGAGUCCUUACGUAAACUCCGUUGUAAUCACCACCGAUGUCGAUUAUCUCGCGAUUUUCGGCGGGACUUGGAGUGGUGGCGCCGCUUCCUCCACGAGUUCAACGGGGUCUCGCUGAUCGCGUCUACCGUCUACACCGCACCGGACGACAUCGUCGCAACAGACGCGUGCUCCUCGGGUUGUGGCGCUAUUUCCAAUGGUCAGUUCUUCCAUGCCAUGUUCCCUGACUUCGUGCUUCGUAAGUGUGCCCGCAAGAUUCAUGUCUUGGAGAUGUUGACAAUAGUUGUGGCGGCCCGUAAAUGGGGCCAUCGUUGGGCCGGUUUGACCGUGUUAGUAUACUGUGAUAAUAUCUCGUGUGUACACGUUCUGAACUCCGGUCGCUCGCGUGAUUCGGACUUACUGCAGUGUUCACGAGAGCUGUGGUUCCUAGCUGCCGUUCACAGGUUUGAGUUACGCGCUUCACACAUCGCGGGCACAGACAACCGUAUUCCUGACCACCUGUCGCGCUGGCAUCUCUCGGACACACAUCGCCAGCAGUUUGAGUUGUUGACGCGUGAUGUAAACACGGUGGAAAUUCCGAUCUCCCGCGAUGAUUUCGAGCUUGACUGUCAGUUAUAAUCUUGACCCUUCCCGUUGUCUCAACGUUGUUCUCUUGUUCCUUUGUAUCGCAGGGCGAUAUUCGCGACGUCUUCCGGUACACGUAUAUCGACACCGUCGAGACCUGCGUCGUCUCCGCGGACAGAACACGAAGCUGCCAAAGGCCCCGCGACGGCCUCGCGACCACGGAUUACGAGGUGACGCGCAUCGUACCCGAGACAUUGAUCAUCGCCGAGAUCUCCGACGCCUUCGCGGUCAAGCCAGUCGGACUAAAUGGGCAGCGUUUGCCGAAGGAACGUGGUCUAAUCUGCGGACAAUUCUCCGGACGUACCUUCUCUUCUGUUUCUUCUAUUGGAUUUCUCCGUUCCCAGCCACGGUGGAUACGCUAGAAACGUUCGCGGAGUUUCUUGCCCGCUCCUUCAAGGCCCCCGCGUCGAUCGCGAACUAUCUGGGUGGACUUAAAUCGCUGCAUGUACUCUUCGGCUACACCGUGGACGCUUUCCUGUCUACAGACAUUGCGCUGUUAAAAAGAGGACUCCAGAGGCGUCUGUGCCACACACCGAGACAGGUAGCGCCAUUCACGCCGGACAUACUGCUUCGUAUAUAUGAACAUUUAGAUCUUAUGGACCCGUUUCACGCCACGAUGUGGACCCUGAUUCUUCUCAGUUUCUUCACGUUUCAAAGGAAAUCCAAUUUCCUACCGAAAGGCAAGUUCGAUCCUUCCAAACAAUGUACGAUUCACGACUUCACACUUUAUAGGGAUUCUCUGUUAGUGCGUAUUCGCUGGUCCAAAACCUUACAGUGCGCCGAACGUGUGUUGUCAAUUCCAGUCUUAGCUAUUCCCAAUUCCCCGCUAUGUCCGGUAGCGGCAUUUCGAAACAUGCUACGGUUAAAUGCUAAUUACAGUGGUCUCGCUGUGUUUACAGUUCGAUAUUCUUCUCGUGUAGUGCCAUUGUCGCAAUCAGUAUUUGAUAACGCAUUCAAACGUGUGUUAGUUCAGGCGGGUCUGAACCCACAGUUGUAUUCUUUACAUAGCGGUCGCCGGGGCGGGGCCACGUUCGCCUUUCGCUCCGGGGUCCCGGUAGAAUUGAUUACGAUUCAGGGCGAUUGGCGCUCACAAGCCUACCUACUGUAUCUAAAAGUACCACUACGGAAACGUUUGGAGCUAUGUACUAAGAUGAUUAGACGUAUCCGAUCUACACGCUAUCCACCACCGUAACAGCACACUCUCGUGUACGCAAAGCUUCUACCCAUGUUCCACAUUAAGUUGCUAGAUGUAGCGUUGAGUACUGUUCAGUUCAAGACUGUUGUUUUUACUAGUCUACGUGCACGAUGUAAUUGUUAGUAUGACAGUGUUUGUAUAGCUUGUGACGCAAUUCGCAAUUAUCACCCGUAAUCUCGAUGUAUGUUUUUGCUUAUCUUAUCUUACGGAGAGAGGGGUGGUGUGCGGGUCCUUUUAUUUUCCUUUUUUCUCCACUGCGUUCUCUUGCCUCUCCCAACCGAAAUUCUUUUCCUCCCUAAAAUUUUCUUCUUUUUUUUUUUUUUUUCCGAUACGGUUUGGCCUUACUUUUGGCGUGCUUCUGUGGAAAAGUACGAGAAUAAAUCUUUUCCCUUUGUUUGCCAAACGCGUUUCGACUCCAGUUGCUUUUAGUUAAUUGUGGAAAAAUGUCAGUGAUGUCAUUUUUAUUAAUUUACGACAACCCCGUCUCCGGUCUUUGUCUGACCUCCCACGUGGUCACCGCGUGUCAGUCCUUGCCUCUUCACACUUCCGCACACCACACCGGGGCUCUCAUUCUGUGUUUCGUCCGCGGGAAGCGAGGCGCACGGAGACUCGCUCCCCGGUUUUCGACCCACCGCCAACCCCUUAUCUCCUCCAAUAUCCUUAUCUUAGAUAAACUGUAGUAUUUGCGGUUACGUAGAGAUGUAUUCAUGAUUAGUUUGUUAUCAUAUGUUAUGAUGUUCAGUGCCCGUUCCACUGACCUUUAUCAUGGGCGUGCUUCUGU